AUGUCCUUUUCGCUUGGUAUUUUGCUCUCAGUUUUUUGGCUCUCAGUUGUUCGGUCUGACGACAGAGGUGUCUACUAUGACGUAACAAACAGGAACUGGGAGGAGUCUUCUCUAAACUGCUGCUUUGAGACCUAUGAUGCAACCGAAAAUAUUGAUUUUGAUGUUUAUCACAUUCCAAAAAGCACAUCUAGCUGCACUAUUUACUGCGGUGAAUUUUAUGGAUUUGAGGCAAUGGGCAUAUCGAGAAAAACAUGUUACUGUUAUACCGAUGUAGAAAAAUACCGCAAGAGAAAUGAAGAUUGUGUUUACGAGGCUUUACCCGAGUAUCCCAAUGAACUGUUUGGAGCACCCAAUGACGGGAGUGUGGUGGUGUACCAAUAUAUCAUACACAGUCCUUUCACACACGCCCCUGAUUACGGUAAUUGUGCUGCCGUGAGAUAUCUAGGAUCACUUCCGGUACAUCAUCAGUUUACAUCCUGUCAGAACAGAGUUGGGUAUAUAUGUGCAGAUGGUCGAGUAUCAACUGCAGAAGUGACCUGGACUGAGGCUGUCAGACAGUGUGAUUAUGCCCUCACAACCAGCAACAACGUAUACAGCAACAACAUAUACAGCAACAGCCUAGGAAACAACAACGUAUACAGCAACAGUUUAGGAAACAACAACGUAUACAGCAACAGUCUAGGAAACAACAACGUAGACAGCAACAGUCUAGGAAACAACAACGUAUACAGCAAGAACCUAGGAAACAACAACGUAUACAGCAACAGUCUAGGAAACAACAACGUAUACAGCAACAGUCUAGGAAACAACAACGUAUACAGCAACAGCCUAGGAAACAACAACGUAUACAGCAACAGUCUAGGAAACAACAACGUAUACAGCAACAGACUAGGAAACAACAACGUAUACAGCAACAGUCUAGGAAACAACAACCAACAGUCUAGGAAACAACAACGUAUACAGCAACAACCUAGGAAGCAACAACGUAUACAGCAACAGUCUAGGAAACAACAACGUAUACAGCAACAGUCUAGGAAACAACAACGUAUACAGCAACAACCUAGGAAACAACAACGUAUACAGCAACAGUCUAGGAAACAACAACGUAUACAGCAACAGUCUAGGAAACAACAUCGUAUACAGCAACAGUCUAGGAAACAACAACGUAUACAGCAACAGUCUAGGACACAACAACGUAUACAGCAACAGCCUAGGAAGCAACAACGUAUACAGCAACAGCCUAGGACACAACAACGUAUACAGCAACAGUCUAGGAAACAACAACGUAUACAGCAACAGUCUAGGAAACAACAACGUAUACAGCAACAGUCUAGGAAACAACAACGUAUACAGCAACAGCUUAGGACACAACAACGUAUACAGCAACAGUCUAGGAAACAACAACGUAUACAGCAACAGUCUAGGACACAACAACGUAUACAGCAACAGCCUAGGAAGCAACAACGUAUACAGCAACAGCCUAGGACACAACAACGUAUACAGCAACAGUCUAGGAAACAACAACGUAUACAGCAACAGCUUAGGACGCAACAACGUAUACAGCAACAGCCUAGGACACAACAACGUAUACAGCAACAGCCUAGGAAACAACAACGUAUACAGCAACAGCUUAGGACGCAACAACGUAUACAGCAACAGCCUAGGACACAACAACGUAUACAGCAACACAGCAACAGCAACUAG